UCCUCUCCUGUGUAGGAAGGGGCUGGCAUGACGCUGCAGUGUACCAAGUUGGGGGGACCCUGGAAGAUGGUGGUGUGGGACGAGGAGGGCUUCCAGGGCAGGAGGCAUGAGUUCACGGCCGAGUGCCCUAGCGUACUGGAGCUUGGCUUUGAGACGGUGCGAUCCUUGAAAGUGCUGAGUGGAGCGUGGGUGGGCUUUGAGCACGCCAGCUACCAAGGACAGCAGUACGUGCUGGAGAGGGGCGAGUACCCGUGCUGGGAUGCCUGGAGUGGCAACACGGCCUACCCCUCUGAAAGGCUCACCUCUUUCCGGCCCUUGGCCUGCACUAACCACCGUGACUCAAAGCUGACCAUCUUUGAGCAAGAGAACUUCCUGGGCAGGAAAGGGGAGCUGAGUGAUGACUGCCCCUCCCUCCAGGCCAUGGGCUGGGAAGGCAAUGAAGUAGGCUCCUUCCGUGUCCACUCAGGAGCCUGGGUUUGCUCCCAGUUUCCUGGCUACCGAGGUUUUCAGUACGUGCUGGAGUGCGAUCGCCCCUCGGGCAACUACAAGCAUUUCCGGGAGUGGGGCUCUCAUGCCCAGACCUUCCAGGUGCAGAGUAUUCGCAGGAUCCAGCAGUGAGCAGGGAGCCUGGCACUGAGGAACGCAACUGUGCUUGCCUGGAAUGGCAGGGCUUUGGAGGUUGUUAUGUGCUCUCUCAUUCUGCCUCCCUACGUAACCCAUGUAAAGCCAGCACCCAUGUGGGCCAGUCUAUGCACAG